UCUCACUCACAAUUCCUUGAAAUGGUCUCGUGACUCAGCUAUUUCCCGUUUAGUCCGCCUACGCUGGUGCGCAGCCGAAAGCGGCAAUGGCAUAGUCGAUCAGCCUUCGGUAAAAGAAAAAAGACAUAGUUAUAUUGAAUUAAAUCUACAUUUAUGUCGAUAUAUGGACCUGAAGUAAAAGAGAAAAGAGGUAUCUCUCGGUGUGACAGUGGUUGUUCAGGUGGCCUCCAAUGGAUUGAGCUAAACCUGUAAGAUAUGGAGGGAGCUUGGCAUAGAAGAAGAUGGGACAUAAAAACACCUUUUAGCACAAUACUGCUCCUUAUGUGCAUGUUCAGCCCUACUCUGACAUUGUUACAACCGUCAGAGGAGCAGAUGUGUCCACAUGGUGACUAUCUCAGUGAAAAGGGAAUUUGUUGCAACAAAUGCGCUCCAGGUUUUAAGCUUGUAGAAGAGUGUCAUGCUCUGGGUCAGAGAAGUAACUGCACAAAAUGUCCUGAUGACCAAUACACAGACGAGCUGAACCAUUCCCGCAACUGCAGAAGUUGCAGACGCUGCAAAGCGGGAAGGCAUGACGAAGUGGUAUCAGAAUGUCAAUCAGACAAAAACACGAUUUGUAGAUGUAAGUUCGGUUUUUACAAGUUCAUCAUUGACUCAGAAACAUACGACUGUCGGAGAUGUUCAGAGUGUGGACAGGAUGAAAAGAAAACACAUACAUGUACACCAGAGAAAAACACUGUGUGUGAAUGUAAAGAGGGCUACAACAGAGUCAAGGGCAAGUGUGUGCCCUGCAAGAAUUGUACGGCUGAGUUAACACCUCCUACUUGGGCUACAAUAGAUUUUUAUGAAGUACCUGAGACUGGAAAUGGAUAUCUUAUAAUUGCUGGAGUUGCAGUUAUGGCUGUGAUGUUGCUGGUGCUGUUGGUUCUCGUCACCUAUAUUGUUACAAAAUGGUCUACCAAAAAUAAGUUGCUGAAACCAUUCUGUCAACCAUCUGACGUCUCUGUGGACUCAUGUGAGCGAGCCCUGUUCCACAUCGAGGAACCUUCAGAGAACGGGAGUGUCAAGGCUGUUCCCCAAAGUCCUGUGAGUGAGCAGGAGCCAUACAAUCUGCCUGACUGUGUCCCCCUGGAAGUCAAGAUCCCUGACCUGAUCUACACGGUGCUGGAUCUGGUUCCUGUGCUACAGGUAAAGCAACUGGUGCGUUCUCUUGGUGUGAAGGAUACAGAAAUCGAACAAGCAGAGUUGGAUCACCGAUCCUGCCGCGAGGCUCACUACCAGAUGCUGAGAGUGUGGGCUGAGAGAGGGUCACGUGCAGGUGGAGGAGGACGAGGAAGAAUGCUGCACUCGCCCUUGUUGCAAGAGUUGUUGGAGGAACUGAGAAAGAUGCACCUGGGACGGGCAGCCGAGGAGCUGGAGACAAAGUACGGCAUUCAGUAGUUCUGCAGCACGUGCCAAGUGGAACAAGAAGCGCAUGAAACCAAGUAUUGUUCUCUUUAGAGAGUCACUCACAGGCAGCCUCAAAGCAUGACAUGGUGCUAUAGCCAGCCGUUUUAUUUCACAGAAAGCAGUGUCACUGAGCACUCUCCCUCUCGUCCUGCCAAACACUAGCUGAGAGCGACGGAUCAAAUGGUUCAAGGAGGCGGAGUCACAUGUAUUUUUAAAUGUUUGUUUUUUAAAGGAAUAAUAAGAUAUUUCAGAAUUAGCCUAAUUGCUUUGUUGUACAGUUAGAUGAGACAGCUGGCAUGAAAGGGAAUAAGAGUAUUUUCUUUAGUAUCACUAUACUGUACAGUAUAACUUUGGAAUUGUUGGGGAAUCUUUUAUGAUUUCAUACUGGACUUCUUACUUUUUUAUUAUACAACAUGCAUUCAUAAUUUGAGUGUUUUCAACUGCAUUUCAAACUAAAUUGUAUCUACUGUUGUACAAACUGUUUUAUCCAUUGUGCCUACUCUAUCAUAAGUAGUAAGGCCAAUUAAGCUAAUCUGUUUCUGUUAUUGUCAUCAGUCACCAUUAAAAGAUAUAUUAAAACAUUGCAAACAUUAGUUUUUUUCAGCACUGGGAAGUAACUAUUCAUCCGUGCCAUUAAAGUUAACUUGUAAUGUUUUAAUAGUAGUUCCUGGUUACAUUGUU